AUGGGUGACUAUGAAGGUGCUUUGUCAAAGCACAAGAAUCUUGCCAUUGAUUGUCAGUACAUGGCAAGAAUCAUCCAUCAGUGGCAACCAUCUACAACAACAUUGGGAUCGUCCUGGGCAAGAUCGGUGACUAUGAAGGCGCUUUGGCAAAGUACAAGGAAGCUCUUGCCAUUCGAUUGUCAGCAUUGGGCAAAGAAUCAUCCAUCUGUGGCAACCACCUACAACAACAUUGCACUGGUGCUGAAUGAAUCGGGUGACUAUGAAGGUGCUUUGGCAAAGUAUGAGGAAGCUCUUGCCAUUCAAUUGUCGGCAUUGGGCAAGAAUCAUCCUGAUUUGGCAGCCACCUACAACAACAUUGGCUGUGUUCUGCAGAAAAUGGGUGACUAUGAAGGUGCUUUGACAAACCACAUGGAGGCUCUUGGCAGUCGACUGUCCGUGAUGGGAAAGAAUCAUCCUGAUACUGCCCAGUCCUAUCACAACAUUGGCUGUGUUUUGUAUAGCAUGGGUGACCAUUCUGGAGCGUUGUUGAAAUUUGAAGAGUGCCUUGCUAUCUGGGAGCCGGUAUUGGGAGCAGAUCACCCCAAUACAAAGACUUGCAUGGAAAGCUUUGAACUCGUCAAGACGGGCAUUGCUUCCUGUGGAGCUUAA